AUUUUUUAGGUAUGUGUGUUUAAGAACACUCUGGCAAUCACCAGAAUGUAUCACUGAAGAAUAUGAUGGCUGAAGGCAAUUUAAAAAUGGUGAAGAUUCAACAGUGUGUAGUAACCAAUAAGCUGCCUAGAAACAGACCUUAUACUUGCAAUAUUUGUCUCAAACACUUUGAAACACCAUCAAAAUUAGCAAGACAUUAUCUGAUUCAUACUGGUCAAAAGCCAUUUGAAUGUGAUGUGUGUCACAAAACCUUUAGACAACUGGUUCAUCUGGAAAGGCAUCAGUUAACUCAUAAUCUGCCUUUUAAAUGCAGUAUUUGUCAGCGCCACUUUAAAAACCUGAAGACUUUUGUGAAGCACCAACAACUUCACAAUGAAACCUAUCAAAAUGAUGUUAAGCAGGUUAGAAGAUGGCUGGAGGCCACGCAAGAAAAGCCAGUGUGCGGAAUGUAUAAUACUUUUAGCACAGAGAGGUGGGCAUUACAUCCAUGCUCAAAGUCUGAUCCCACAUACAGCACUACGAAGAGAAGAAAGAACGCUCAUGCAUGUACAAUCUGUGGCAAGAUGUUUCCAUCACAAUCCAAACUUGAUAGGCACGCACUGAUUCACACUGGUCAGAGGCCUUUUAAAUGUAUCUUGUGUGGUAAGUCUUUCCGGCAGUCAACUCAUUUAAAAAUCCACCAGCUCACACAUUCAGAAGAAAGACCUUUUCAGUGUUGUUUUUGUCAGAAAGGAUUUAAGAUUCAAAGCAAACUUCUGAAGCAUAAACAAAUCCAUAUGAGAAAUAAGAACUGUCAGACUCUUUCAUUAAAGGUGAAGAAUCCAGAAUCAUGCCCCCGGCCUCGUAAACUAAGUGCGAAACAGGACGGUUUUGAAAAUGGUGAGAUGGGUGGCUCUGAAGAGAAUAACCUGCUUGGUGUCCACUCUGUUUACGUCGUCCCUUUCCAAUGUCUGGAGUGUGAGGAGUGUUUUGAAUCAGAGCAGAUUCUUAGGGGACAUGAGUGUGUCCCUGGAAGAGGUGGCAACAUUCCAAGCAGGCUCAGAAGAAGCUACAACUAUAAAACCAUCGUUAAAAAAAUCUUGGCCAAACUUAAACGUCCUGGAGGUAAAAAUCUAGAUAACUUGCAAUCAGAGAAAAAAGUAUUGAAAAGCAGUUUCCUGAAAAAUAGUGACUUUAUUUCUUGUGAACAGAACUCAGAGGAAACCCAGAAAACACCUACGGGUUCUCUUGGAACAUACAAGACAGUUGGCAUCAAAAAGAAGAAAUCUUUAAUGUUACCAUUUUCUUGGCAAAAGCAACUCCAAAGCCAAAAUAUGGGGAAAAACUUGAAAAGUACCCGUACAACAGAAAAUAUAUUAACUAUGGAAAAUUUAGUGACUAAUAAAGACUUAGCAAUCUCCGGUUCACCAGGUGAGGCAUUCUUUAAUAAACCUAAAGGGCUUCAGUGUGACUUGUCAGUUCCAGUUGGAAACAUACAUACUGGACAUAAGAUGUGUCCUUGUGACAGAUGUGAAAAAGUAUUUCCUUCUAUAUCCAAACUACAGAGACACUAUUUAAUUCACACUGGACAGAGACCUUUUGGCUGUAAUGUUUGUGGGAAAUCGUUUAGACAGUCAGCUCACUUAAAAAGACAUAAACUAACUCAUAUUGAAAAGAUUCCUCAUCGAAGAUCCCUUUGCCAAAUGGAAUUUGGAAAUUUGAACAAACAUUUCAUUGAUCCUGGUGAUAGUGUUAGUUAUAGUACUUCCCAACAGUAUGAAGCUCUUGAUUUUCAGAACCAUAAAGUUUCAGAGUCCAGUGAAAUGUCAGAAGUGGUAGUUAAGUCAGAAUCGGAGGAUUUCACUCCAGGUACCCAGUGUAGGAGCAGGCAGCUCUGUGCCUCUAGCACACGUUUGAAAUCAGAGCAGACCUAUCAUCGUAGUGACUCAGAGCGUCCUGAGAGAAGUAAUGGCCUCGUUUACCAAUGCAGUGUCUGUUCUAAAAGUUUCCGAUCUCCAUCUAAACUGGAAAGACACUAUCUGAUUCAUGCAGGGCAGAAACCAUUUGAAUGCUCAGUUUGUGGCAAAACCUUCAGACAGGCUCCUCACUGGAAGAGACAUCAACUUACUCACUUUAAAGAGCAAUCAUAAUAGAAAGUGAUGGUUCAAGAUUCAGUUGUUUAACCUGCAACCAGUAACUCAUUUGUGGUCUCUGAUGAUCUUGGAUCAUUUAGAAUGCAUCUUUUUUUUUUUUUAACCAAAAUGACUGUUAAACUGAUUUUACAGACAGCUGCUGCUUCUUGCAAAAUAAGGUAAAAUGUAAAAAGUAAAGUUUCAGGAAAAGAAAUUACUUUUGGAUAGCAGAGCAUACUAAGGUACCAGAGCACAUUUAUUUUACUAUAAAUAUACAUUUUUAUCUGUAUUGAAAAUUGUAAGUCCAUGUUAUACAAAUAAUUUAGUCUCAGCUUGUAAAGAAAUUAUUUCCUGACAUGUCAUGCUUGGGGUAUAUGUACUCAGAGGGUGGGCAGGCAAAAACUUGUAGCAGGAGGCCUACUAUGUUUUGCCUCAUGUAUUUUAUAUUUCACAGUAAAGCAUAAUUCUGUUUUCCUAUG